AUGUCUCACUUCUCUGAUAAAGGUAAACACUCAAACACCUUACAGGGCUCGACCAUUUCACUCGCAUUUGUGAGUAAAUAUAGAUGUGUGUGAAUUGUAAAAUGUAUUUAGGGUCACAUGCGCAUAAAAAAAAAAUCAGCUGAGGCAACAAAUGUGUUUUCAUGUACAUACUGCAGUGAAGUUAGUUUUGGGUUGGAUAUUCAACGGACAUUCACUGCAGAUUUACCGUUGUCUCUCCGUAACGGGGGAGUGAUGUAUUUUUCUUAGGAUGGUUGGGGAAGGUCCCACCUCCCUCACCUCUGAUUUGCGAGAAAAGCUGAUAACAUCAUCACCUGAUCAAGUCGAGCGCGGGCUGUAACAUUAUUAUGUUAAAUUUAAAGGCAAAUUUUGAACAUUUUCUUUAAUAGCUUCUAUUUCAUGUGACCAAAAGACCUGAAAUUGAUUUUAGUUAGCGUAUGUUUAGUCUUUGAUUCGACUAACUUCACUGUUUCUGUUUCUAUUUGUGUCUCAGCUGACCAGAGAAAGGUGGAGCCGAACAUCAGGUGAGUUUAUUUUCCUCCUGACAUAAGAAACACAGACGAAAUUUUUCCCAGAGUUGCUCAGUAGAUCUUAAAUUCGACACCCCAAAUUCUUGCAGGAUGGGGGCGGAGCCUCAGCCAGGUCCCUCCAGGUGUCAGCCAAGCAGACAGGGUUACUGUGGAUACUGCAGAGUUCUCUACAGAAACCUGGACCAGGUACUCAUAACAAACCUGAACCUGUCUCAUAAUCAUGUGACUGAGCUGACCAAUUAGAGUCAUGGAAAACUUGACGUCAUCCUCCUCCUCCUCUCAGCACCUGUCCAGUCUUCGACACCUGGAUUCUGUCCGCGCCUCCUCCAGAGGAUCCAGCACCGUCUCCUCCGCCAGCAGCAGCAGAACCAAGCUAACCCUGCUGGAGCGCUUCCUGCAGGACGUCCUGGAGCACCACCCACACCGCUACAAAGACCCCAGGUACCUUUAACAGACACGUCUGUUACCUGGUCAGAGGUGAACGCACCUGUGUGUAUGCGAUCUCAGCAUGUGUGUGUCUCCAUCAGGCCGUCUCACGCCGACCUCCCCUCAGUCUCCGCCCCUCUGUUGCCGAGGGAGGAGCUUGAUGAACUCUGUUUCUCCGAUAAGGACAGUCAGUCGCAGGGAACGAGAGAACGCCUGCCCAGCUCUGACGUCUCGCACGAACCGACCAAUCAGCAGGACGACACCUCCUCCCACAGCCAAUCAGGAGAGAGAAUCUCUAAGGGAGCAGGUGAGGAGCGGCAGUCUGCACCAAUCAGGGAGCAGAAAGAAGAAGGAACUCUACCUACACAGACCCCGCCCUCAAUUACUCAGGCCCCACCCCCCCUCCACAGGAAGGCUCACAGAAAGACAAACAGAAGGAAAACGAGCAACUCUUCCUCUUCCUCACCCCCCCACAGGGUCUCAGGCCCUGCCCCUUUGCCCCCCCAAGAGUUAGGACCCUCUGCCUCCUGUCCAGACCCAGGCCCCCCCUCUAAGAUGAAGCCUUCUGUAUUUCUGGGCUUGGGCACCGGACCUGGACCCCCUUCAGGGCUCCGGCCGUGGGCGAGCUGGCAGAAGGAGAGGAGGGAGGCGCUGAAAGAGGAGGCGUUCUCCUCGGACCACAGUGACCCCAUGGACCGGACCAUCGAAGAGGUUCGUCUGAUUCGUCAGUAAAAAGAUCAAACAGUUAACGAGUUUAAUGAGUCAUUAGUUUAAAAGUAUUCACUCGUGUUUAUCCUCAGGUGAGAAACUUCUGCAGAUAUGAUGUAACUCUUGUGUCAUGUUCCCUUCAGGUGAUCCAGAUGUGUUGUUAUGGUGUCACUUCCACUCCCCGCCAGCAGGAGGAGGCGGAGAGCUUUCACCUCAGCAUCCCCCUCUCUGCUGAAACACAGAGUGAUGACUGGGACUCACCUGUACAGGUCAGAUUCAGUGACUUACAGUACCUGUGCCUCAGAUUCAUUGAAACAUGAUAUUGAAGGUAGAAAACUUGUCAUUCCAGCGAGGCCUGACAGAGAGCAUCACACGACCCCCACACACACCUGUCCAGGUGAGCCAGACAAAGGGGCGGGACCUGAGCCGUCUAAUGGAUGUUCAGGUUGAACUCGAGGACCAGGUGUAUUCCUAUCAGCUUGACUCCGCUCUCCAGGAUGGAAAAAAAGGGGGCGGGGCCAAACAAGACCAGGGCUUCCUGACUCUGCCGAUAGACGAGAUCCUUCCGGUGCCGCAACAUAUCCCAGAAUCCUUCAAGGGGAAGACCUGGGCCCAGGUAGAACUGGAGGACGAGGACAAGGUGGAUCGGCUGGUGCGUCAGUUUAGAGGCGAGAAAUUCGUCUGCUACUUUGACAGCGAGUCUCUGGCCAGGUAAAACACAUACAAGUAGACACGAGAUUUUUCACACCUGUACCUGUUCAUAUGAAAUACACACCUGUUCUGCAUGAUGUAAUUUCAGCAUGUUUAUGUACCGUCUGAUAUUAGUCAUAAUGAGAUUCUCAGGUGAAUGUAAUUAUCGGUGUAAAAUGACCUCCCCCUUUUUUGAUCUGUUGAUGAUGUCAUCACUGUCAGGUAUGGUAGGAGGAGUCGAAAAAAGGAAGGAGCUGAUGAAACGAAGGACACAGCGCCACACAUGGACAUCCUGCCCUUAUUGGACCACGAUGAAGAGGAUUCAGUGUACCUUAGGAGGAGGAGGAGGAGGAAGGGGAGGGGCUUCAGGGUGGCGUCCAGGUGUCAGGUAGGAUGAGUUGAACCUGUACAACUUAAUAAAUUGUAAACAUUGUCUCGUUUACCUGUUCUUGUUCUCUCAGGUGGUUAAAGUGAGUCAUGGCACUCAGACGAUCAGAUUGGUCGUCCCAGCUGUGCGUCAGCCAGUCUCCGAGGACCUCCCCCCCAUUACUCCUGCAGCCAAUCAGGACGCAACAGAGAGGACUCCGGAGGCGCAGACGUGGCGCUGUCUCCCCUCGUCAUACUCUAGCAUUGUCACACCGCUGCAGCCGCGCACCUCUGUGGUGUACCUGCUCUGUUCCCCCUCAGGCCCCGCCCCCACAGACACACCUGUGCCAGAGUCUGCUUCCAAACGCUGCAGGAAGAAGAAGCGCCCGCUGGACUUACAGAGGUCAAAGGUCAAAUACAAACGGUUUCCUGUCAAGUUUUACGACCCGGUCAGCAACCGAAUUUUGAAAAAUCCCCCAAAAGGCUUUCUACGGCACAGAGGCUCCGCCUCCUCCAGCCAUCCGCCACCCUGUGUCCGUCAGCUGUUCAGGAGUCUGAGUCCAGACCUGAACACCGACAGGCCGUCAGAUGAGGCGGACGCAGGGUCCUCCAGGGCCAAAGGUCAGAGACUCUCGGACAUCAGCCACACGCACAGCUCCCGUCUGAGCGCGCUCAGUAGGGAUUCAACACAGUCAGACAAACAGGACCCAGUCAGGGGACAGAGCAGGACAUCUCUAGCCCCGUCCUCUUCACCUCAAAGCUUAUCAGAGCGAGGAAGGGGGGGCAGGAGGAACAGGACACGCCUCCAAACUUCCAAAAAGAGAGCCAGGGUACAGGCCACGCCCCCUCAUCCUCGAAGAGAAGGCCUACGGCGGGCUGGACCCACCCAGCCUCCUCCCAGCCAGAAGGGGAGGGGCCGUAGGGGGCGGGGUUUAGAGAGGAGUAGAAGGUAG